CGAUGGAUUUUCUGUCAGGUUAAUCUUUCUCUGACAACGACACAGUUCUGGUAAGUACUAACAGUAUACUAUGAAAUUAAAUAGUAUGUUACAGAUAAAAAUUAAAAAAAACCUCGUUUAUUUGUGCAUUCAGGGCUGGAGACACCAAGGGCAAACUAACAGGAAUUUAAUUUUGAACACUGAAACCCCGCGAGGGCAACUGUUUGGAGAAGCAAAUGUUGUCUAGGGUUUUCUGUGGCUUGAGGAGGGCUAAAAAUUUCCGAAUGGCCUUUCCAUUCCUGUUAAAUUCCCUGCGAUUUUCUCAAGUUUAGUUUCACUCCCCAGGUUAGGCUAUUUUCAACGUUUUACGAAAGUGAAUAUUUUUUUAUUCCUCUCUCCAUCACAUUUUUGAAUCCAAAAGUUUUCCUUUUUUUAAAAAAAAAAAGUAAAAUUUUUGGAUUCAAAAAUGUGAUAGAGAGAGGAAUAAAAAAAAUUCACUUUCGUAAAACGUUAGAUUGCACCUAAAAUUUUCGGGAAGUAAAUACUGAAGCCAUAUUGUAAUUUCGAAAACUGGCUUAAGUUCCCCAAGAUGACCGAUCAGAUAGCACUAUGGGGAGCCUAAAAGUGUUUUCAGUGUAUUUAGGAGGAAAGUCAAAAAAACUAACUUGUGACAAGCCAAAACAAAUUUAAAACAUACACAUUAAUUUUCUUUCUUAACUCGCCGGGUCGAAGGGUAGAUAACAAGCAAGCAUCUGAUAAUGUUGAUUUCUAUUCUAGUUUAUUUGAUUUUUUUCAUCCAUAACUUUCUUUUUCGCUAGCAAAUUGCCCAAAAUUCCUACGACGACUUCGCAUCUCCAGAAGGCUCGGAAAACUCCCGCUCUCUAGUUUUUUUCACUAACUCGCAUAACGAACUUAUCAGUCGUGUCUUCGUGGCGAAGUGGCGGUUUUGCAUCACCCGAGUAGCGCAGCUGAUGAAGUACCCAUCUGCUAAGCUAGUGGACGCUGGUUUGAACCUGUCCGGUAGAGCACUAACUGACUAAGAUCUUUCCCGAUCUUUCCCGUUUUAACUGCAGCAGAACUAGGUCAGUCGGUAGAUGGUCCAUUAUUGCAGUCAGAGUCACUGAGAAAUGAAGGUAUUCCCUUUCCCGUGCAAACGGCCAGACCUUCGUGUGGCUCGAUUGUCUGCGUAACACGGCGUCAAGUUAGUGUUCUCAAUUAGCAUUUUCGUGCUAUGUAUAUGAACAUUCAACUAAAGUGCCUUUUUUAAUAGUAGGAGGAGGUGUAAGAGCCCUCGCCAGUGUUUGUCGAAAAAAGGGGGAAAUUAUUAAACUUUCAAAAAGUGAGCCCAAUUUCGAUUAGGAUGGGACCGAGUGUUCCGCCUAAAUGUCAACUCUCAAAUUUCGAUUUGAAGGAGCAAAAUCCAUCAAACCCUGUGAAUUUUUUCUUGAAUCUGUCAGACAAAUUUCGUUAGAGAUAAUAUAUGUUAGUCACCGAGAAAAUAUUUGCCAAACAGCUCGUAAACAAAAUUCCCUGGAGUUGCUUUAGGCAUAAAUAAUCAGGAUGAGAAGAAUCGAUCGCUUGAUACUCGCUCAUGAUGCAAGUAAUCUCCAUGUCUUCGUUUUAUUUGGAAUGAAUGAAUUUAUGAAUUUUGCAUUUCCUAGCUGGGAUAAUUGUUAGUAGCAGCCUUUCUGACUCGCUUUAACUCGCUUUAUCAUUGGCCACUAUUAACAAGUUUUGAAAUUUUACUUGGUAAAAACUGACAGGUUGAAUUACACUGUUCUCUGCAUAAAUUUAAGAAAGCAGUUGUUUCUCAUACUUCAAAAUCAAAUGAAUGCGAUCGACAAACGAACGCUUGACCAUGAAUUAUGUUUAUGGUUUUAAUAAUGAAGGCGCAAGAUAUCCUACGUAAGAAAUUCCAAACAAAAUUUAGAACACAACCCGCAUUCAACGAUCUAGCUAUCAUGCUGAAUUAAGUAAAGCCGUUUCGUGUUUUGCGAAUUUAGAUAUCGAAACUUAUCAAAACAUUUUAAGAAGCAAGUUUCCUAAAAAUAGAAGCAAGAUCGAGAUCCGUCUUGUCGUUUACUUAACUCCGACAUGACUUCCUUGUACAACAGGUGACUGCUGCAAAGUUGGGACCCCGGAACAACUCCACUGGUUGACGGCAUUGGACUCUUCCAUUUAACUUGACGAACAUUCUCUACAUAAUCAGGUGGUGUACUUGUGGUUUUCUUGAUAUCUCUUAGGGAGUUUUCCAUUUGUCAGAACUGACCGGCCAGCCCGUUCCCAUCGUCAUGAGAAUUUCAUUUUUAACCAAAACUAACCAUCCAGAUCUGUCAAAUCCUAAAUAUUAUGCACAAAGGGGAUGGUUUUUCAGCAAAACCUCUUGGAAAAAGCUUAUUUCAUUGCCAAAAUGUCUGGUCUGACCAUGGUCCGGCCGGCCAGUUCUGACUUUUGGAAAGCGCCCUUAGUCCCUGCAAAAAUAUUCUACUUGAGAUGUUUGGUUUUGAAACUUUCCUUUCAAUACCAGAGAUCUGUGGAUUAAACGAUAAAAGGCGCAAACUUUGUUUUCUUUUAAAAGAGAGGAUAAAACAUUACAUAUUAUGUUGAAAUGAUGAUGCCGUGAGAUUCACCGAUCAGUUGGGGAAACAUACUUUCACGACAAACGUCACUCUUAGGUUAAAGAUUUCUCAAACUAGGAGAAUGGUGGACAAAAACUGACCAAACAAUCCUAUUUCGUAUAACAGGCGUAAAAAAGAAUUUUUGUUUGUUGUAGAUAUAAAAAAACAGUUCACAGCGAGUUAAAGGAAAUCGUCAGUGGUCGCGUGACGAGCAUCGUAAAGGUGAUUCACAUGACGUCACGGCGGCCAUAUUGGUGUUCUAGAACACUGGAACGGCGGCUAUGUUUGUGUUCCAAACCAAUAUUGUGGGAGUUGAACUCUUUUCUUAUGUAAACGCUUUCUUUUGUUGCAAUUAAUUUGCAUAGCAGCUGGGCACGUGAGUGAAAACUGCUCUAUUUACAACUGGUCUGCAAGAAUAUAAACUUCUUCACCAACUGUCACUGGGUCUUACUAAAAUCCUUAAAUGUUCUUUUCUUUUGAUUUUUUCCCACUACCUUGACUAGGAUUUCAUGCAAUUUAAUUUUGAAACUGUAUUUGUAGUAGCCGCUGUUUCUAACCAUAUCAAAGCAUAAUAUCCAGUUUGUAACACCAAAGUCUAAAAACAAAAAGUUGCAAGGAGACCCCCUGCAGACAAGGAAAAAUUAUGCUGUAGUGGCUUCAUGGAAAACUCGGUUUUGCAACUGUCAAUUUGAAUAGCUUCGGCUGACGAUUAACUAACUUUUUCCUUGCGUAGCAGUAACGAUCGAAAGGCUGUACAUGACUUUUGCUGCGAUUUUCAUAUUGACCGUCACUGUGGGAUGGGUACCCCGAAAUUAGUGCGCACCUAAAAUGCAAUAACAUGGCGUCACUUGUUGAAGCAAAAUAUCACACAGGUAAUAACCAUACAGGAACCCAUAAUCCGUAGCGAGCAACUUCCAUGCACUUGUAUCAUGGCGUUUUCACGGACCAGUUUAUUUUUAGAACGGUUUUGGCGCAAAUUUUUGAAUAUCUGGUAAAUUCCACAAACCAGUCAGCAAAACCUACAGACCUAGAUAUUAUAUUUUUUGCCUUUUAAUAACAUUUAGUUUUCCUUUUUGAUAUCUUAUACUUCGAAUGGGCUCAUAGACUUGGUGGAGAUUCUAUUUUCCCAGGAAAAAGUUCCCUAAAAUGCGUCCGUAAAAACGCCGUGACAUAGGCCUAGUAUGGAUGUUGCUCGCUCCGGUUUAUGGGCUCCUGCUUAUUAUAAAAAUCCUUUGCUUCUCACCUUAGAUGUGAGUCACAAUGACCAAUAUACACUUGUUUGUCUCACUGUUGCUCGUGACAACUAUAUCUCAUGCUGGUAAGUCAUAUUCCAACUCGUUAUAACUCUAGUUCACCCCCCCCCCCCCCUCCCAAAAAAAAAAACGAAUUUGCAUAACAUUGUUCAGAGCGUUUUCACGGCGGCCAUGUUGGUGUUCCAAACCAAUCCAGUGGUAGUUGAACGCUUUCUUUUAUUCCAAUAAUUUUGCAUUGAUACUAACCAUGUGAGUGAAAAGGCUUUAUCAUAGUCGUCCCAAGAGAAAUUGAAGACAAUGCCCAUGUUGUAUGAUGGGCAAGGUGAAAAUGGUGAAUUCUUUGCAUUCUUUAUUCGAUUUUGCAUCUGAACUUCACAUAUGAUCAGUAUGAUUUCACUCUAGAGAUAAAACUGACCUGCGUUACAAUAUACAAUGGCUUACAAAUAGACUCUAUCUAAGUGUUAAAAAGGCUAGAAAAAACAAAAUUUACAACCAGUAUUAAUAAAAACUAUAGCCUAGAACUAAGAAAAGGCUAGUAAAAACAAAAAUUUAAAACUGUUUAGAAGAAAUUAAAAAUUCAAAUCUAGAAAAAGUGAAUAAAAAACGGAUGUAUGGUAGACUACCAGCUGCCGGGCAGAAAAGAGGUUUUUCAAUGUGCUCUUUCUGACUAUUUGGAUCUGGUGUUGUUUAUAAAACCGACUUGUACCCAUCCCUUUUCGAAUUGAAACAAGGAAAUCGCAGAAAUUUAUCCGUUAGAGACAAAGAUCACUUUAUUAAUUUUAAUUUGUUCAUUUUUCUCUAGCUUUACAUUGCCCUCAUGGUUGGACUGAGUUUCAACGUUCUUGCUACAAGGUGAUGCCGCAAACUAAAGAGUCCAAGGUAUUCGGGGGUUGGUUAAAAGCGUCACGCGCGUGUAUGGGGUUUGGAGGUUAUCUUGUUAGCAUGAAAAGUGAAACGGAAAAGAAAUUUGUUCAUAAUCUGUCGUCUUCGGAUUUAAAAGGCCCGCAAUCUGCUUGGAUUGGGUUGGUUCAUCGGCUUCCGAAGGGUAUAUACUCAUGGAGCGAUGGAAGUUCUUUUAAUCAUUCUUUAUCCGUCGAGUGGUAUGGAAACACAACAAGUAAGCUUAAUGGCAGUGAGACCAAAUGUGUGGAACUAUUGAGAAAUGGCUGGAACCUUACUGAAUGUUGCAAGAAGACCGACUACUACAUCUGUGAAAGACCGAAAGGUGAGUUGCUUCUAAAUACGUAAAGAAAGUAGCCAGGCCUAUAUUCUUGGGUUGCGCGUGACGUCACCAAAAAUCAAACUAAGAAACUAUCGAUUCUUCUGAGUUUCUACUUUCACUCGGUAUUAUAGUACCUAAACACCUUUAUAUAAACAAAUUUUUGGUUCGAAAGGGUUCUUCGUUUUGCGAGAGAGGACGCUUGCAUUUAGCUGCAUUUAGCUAGCGGCCGAGAAAGCUCUCAUGUGGGUUAAAAACAUUACCGAUUUUGGGAGAUUUUGCAAUCUAAACAUUCCUUGUCUCAGAAUAAAUAUUACUGUAAUCUUUAUGAGUUCUUCAAGCGAAGAAUUCACGCAUUAGUAGAAAAACUCGAAAACAGGAUGUUUCUGUUGGUAUCCGGCGGCCAUAUUGGUGUUCCUGAAAGGGACACCAACAUGGCGUUUCCAUACAAAGCUCUACAAAUUUACGUAAACUGUUUUUCCCAAUAUGUCGCAAUUGAAAUAUUUCACAGACCUGAUUCUUGGCAAGGGGUUUUGUAUAUUUAUCUUUUUUCAUUUCCCAGAUUCUAGUCCUUCUGUAUUGAAUGGUUUGCAUUUUUAUUUUUCAUUGCGCGACAGUGCAAGCCGAGAAUACGAAGGACAAAAAAAGGAUUUGACAAAGCAAAAUUAAUUGCUCCUUUACAAUAAUGAAUUCGUUGAUGCUUGCAAAAAUCGGUAAUAAUGCAACUUUUGUAAAGAUUUUUGACUAAACAAAUUUCGCGCUCAUAUGCUUUUGCAAUGCUCGCUAAAUAUUUCAUUUGUUAUUCAGCCAAUGCGAAGUACUGUUCUACCGUGCUGGACAAAAAGGUUUCAACAUGUUCGCUUAGAGCCUGAGCUAUUGCUCUGGUUGCCUGAAUUUCAGCCGUCUUCUCGAGUUGCAAACUCCCGAAAGAGAUCCUUCUCCCUGUCUCGUACCCUGCUGCCUCUCUCUUCCUCAGAGGCUCCAAUAGAAAGCGCGCGGGGGACGAUGGGAUGGUUGAGCUCUCUCUUUUUCUUUCUCCCCAGCCUCAAGGCCUCCGCGGAGGAAAAAGAGCCCUGCUGCCGAGGGAGACUUGAGAAAACGGCUGAAAUUCAUGAAGGCUCUGAAGCCAGUUGUUCAAAAAUUAACUAACGCUAUCCUACGGAUAAUUCUCUAUCCGAUGGAUAGUGUGACUGGUUGAGUUAUCGACUACAUAGUUACAGAUUUUAUUAGGAAUAGGAUGAUAAGAUCUAUGAGAAAGAUGUUUUUUCAUUCGUAACAAAGGCGGCUCGAAAGAAAAAAAAUCUGAGUACUCCAAAAUGCAGUAGAGCCUAUGAGCUUCUGGUUGCUAGUAAAGAUGCUCUACCACUGAGCUACAAGAUACUCGUAAGUGCUAAGGCCACUAAACUAGGGUCAUGUGACAAACCAGGGGCACUCAACGAAUGUUUUCUGCAAAAUAUCUCCUUGGGAGAAGCAAAUAUUGCCUAAAGUUUUCUGUUACUUGGGGACGGCUAAAAAAUUUCUAGAUGAACGUUCCAUUCAUGAACAAUUUUCGAAGCUUAUCCAAUGAAUUCCCUAAGAUUUUCUGACGUUAAAUUUUUCACAUUUCACUCCCCAGGCUAGGCUAUUUUUCGUAGAUAAAAAACCUACAAUUUCGGAUGCAAAAUGUGAUGGGGAGAGUAAUCAGAAAAAUUAAAACUUUAAAAUUUUCAGGAAAAUAAUAUACUGAAGCCCUUGUAAUUUGGAAAGAUUCACGUUCCCCUGGGAUGAUCGAAAAGAUAAAAAUUUUUAUAGCGCCGCUUAGAAUGCACUUAUAAAGGUCUAAAAGUGCUUUGGAUAGCCAAAAAGUCUUGUCAAUGUAUUUAGGAGCUAAGGAAACCGUCGUUGGGUGCCCCUGACAAACAUCCUGCAUACUUCAAGGACUAUAAUCUCGGUAUGUGCUUAUACGCAAUGAUGGAUAUGUGACGGUGAAUUUUAAGCCUGGUGAAUACAUGAGAAAGAUAUUUUUCAGUCACUAGGGGACACAGGCAUGAAAAUUAAACGACAUUCAUUUGAAACCGUUAUAUUUUAUUUGUCCUAUCCAUUAGGUCCACUGAGUUGCCCGCUUCAUCAUGAUGAAGGACAUCUGAAUGGAUUAUCUUGCUACUAUAAGCACAGCAUUUCAAAAACACGGGAAGAAGCAAAAAAGAACUGCACUGCUUCUGGAAGCAAUUUGGUGAAAAUAAAUGGUACUGUAAACAAAACUGACACGGGAUUCCUGACCCGCCUAUUGGACACUAUCAAUUUCAAAGAGGUAACUGAAUUAAGUAAAAGUGACAAAAAAACAGGUAGCACUAUGAAAUAAAUAUGGAUAUAAAAAAAUAUAGUAUUUGUCAAUUACUGAAUAAAGCUGAAUAUGAUAACAACAGUUAUGCAGAUCGAGGAGGGCUAUGACCCUGAUUGAAUUGGUUGGUUUUUUCCUAUAUUUCGCAAAUAUGGUAGGCCUCUGCUGAUUAUGAGAAAAUACACGGAAAAUUGAUCAGCCAAUCAGAAAUGAUGAAAUAGUUCGUAGAGGUACUAAAUACCUCUAAAUCUUUACCUGUUAGCAUACCCUACUGAGAACCUAUACAUGCAGAGGGUAGAGGGACGCCUUAUGACAUGUUACAAUCAAUCACAGACUAACUAGUCUAACUAGCAUGAAUGUGGACUCAACCGCUGUUCAGUGAUAGAAACAGGUCCUAGACAAGCUUCACAUGAUGUUCUAGGACUGCUAAUCGCUGUUAUCAGGCCCUAUUUUUUCAAAAGGUGCUUAGUGCUUAGUUAUUCACCUUUUAAAAAUUAGAGCCAGGGGACGAUGAAACGUCGGUGGCUCAUGGGAAAGAAACGGAAAGAACUAUCGUUAGUACAUCAUCAUCAUCAUCAUCAUCAUCAUCAUCAUUACUGAUAUCAUUCGUUAUUUGCUGUUUUGCUUUUUUAUUUUAAAGGACAUUUGGAUCGACCCUGAAGGAACCAACCCUAAACCGUGUUUCAUAAUCCCAAAGACAGAUGAUGGAAAGAAAAAGGGUGACUGUGGCCAAAAUCAUGCUUAUCUUUGUGAAAAGCCCGUCCCAGGUGUGAUUUCAUUAUGGUGGCACACUUCCAUUUGAACGCUACGAAGUAGCUUUAAUUUAAAACAAAUGAGGAAAGCAAGGUCUUCUUAUCAUUAUUUUUAUAUAAAAUUUCAUCUCGGCCUUUUACGCCGGUCAAAAACAGCACAAAACCAACGGUAUCUCAGACCCUGCUCGCAUAAAAAGAAGAAAAAACGUUUCUGUUGCCUAUGUUUCUUAUUAUGAAAAUUCCUUUUCAAACAAUCAGUAACAUUGGUAUCUGAGGGUACUUGCUAAAAUGGCCUAUAUGGGGAGGUUCCGCCAGAAAGAGGUGCCUUUUUCAGGCUUCAGGUAUAUUAAAGGGUAGGGGUUACUCUAGUUAAAGUACAUAAAAGGUUUGGGAAAUCUGUCAUUGCGGUCCCAGGCGCAUUUUAUGGCUGUGAAAAACACAAGAAAACUGUCUGGUUUAGCGACUUGUUCAUAGUUUAAAGGCGCUACAUUUACAGCACUUAAAAAAGAUGCAGCUUUCUAAAUUGGUAUGUAAAAGGGGUGCCAUUUGUCAAUUAAAGGUAUGCGAAAGGGGUCCGUUUUUUUGUCAAAAUUUGGUAAAAGGGUAAAGGGUUGCACCUCGGGGCGGAGCCUCCCCCUAUGAAAUUUUGUUGGGUACUUUCCCCUCUCCUCCCCAGGCCUUGGUAAUGUGUUAACGUCUUUAGUCCAGAAUUAAAAAACGUUGCUUUUUCCUUUAGGGAAAGUUUGUCAUUGUCAGAGCCCAGGGAAAAUGUCAUCUGUUCCCACUGAAGUCAAUUGCUCAUUUCCAGACAGUCUCUGUUUUAAGUACAGUAAUAAGAGCGUGAAAGAUGGGCAAUUCACCGCACAAGGGUGUAUAUCAGCUGAACUAUGCAGAAAACUUGACAAUCAAAAAGGCUUGGAAUGUUGCCAUGGUGAUUUGUGUAAUACAGGUGAGGCGGGUAAAGCUCAAAAUCCAUGCUCUUAAAAAAUUACAGUUUGGAUGCAGUGCUCAGUACAUAAAACCCUAUUCACUUUGACUUCGCGUUCCGUUGUUCUGGAACCGACUGGCAACAAUAAUGUUCAUAUAAUAAAGUUCAAAGCGCACUCUGGUUGGUUGAUAAAGCGUGCUCGAUGAGAGCCUAAAACCCGGAGCUAUAGCUGUCACGUCCUGCCAAUAUAUUUUGUUUUACGUCUCGUGUUCACCCUACACAUCUUUUGUGCUCUUUCCGCUUUCUGAGUGCUUUACAACAGAGCAAAGCACAAUCAAAGCUUCUUUAUUUGUUAAGUACAGUGAUGGAAGAUUUUAAAUUCUUUUUGGCAAAUCAGCACACUGUAUCAAUCAAAUAUAAAAAUGUCUAGGAUUAGAGAAGUUUAGAGACGUGAUGACGUGAUAUGACAUAUAGGUUACGUCAUCCCUCUGAUUAAUGGCCGAAUCAUCAUCUUGAUGACUUCCAUCACGUUUAGAAAAGUUUGAAAGCAGGACUAAACUGAAUUAAAAUCAACAGAUAGAUACCAAAAUGAUUGAAAGUUUUUAAAUUGACCAGCAAGGAAAUAUUACACUGAUUUUCACUAUAUAGUUAUCAGUAUUUAUUUAUUUUAUCAUAUUUAUCAGUGACAUGCGACAUAUAAAAAAGUUCUUAAAACGAAAAUAAAAAGUCCCUGAAUGUUAUCCUUUCUUAAAGGGAAAUAGCAUGUAUUUAUCAGUAAAAGUUGCUAGGGUUAGGGAAAGUUCAUUUAAUAUGACAAGGGGGGGGGGAUGAAGAUAUUGAAACUCGAAGCUUGAAAUUUUAGCAGCCCCCCUCGCUAGCGGUUCAAUUUUUUAGGAGCCCCCUCCUUGGUAGUCGAAAAAAAUUUCAGAGCCCCCCUCCUCCUUCAAUUCCUUUGCUCCCCUGAAAAAAGAUCGCUAGACUGUAUUAAAUAUAUUUACUGUUAUUGUCUUCAAUGGUUUAUACUAUGACAAACUUGAGAUACAGUUGUGAUACAAUUUUCUAAAGCAUUUCUGGGAUGAACAAGAGUGUAAUAAUUACUGAGACUACAUUUGUUAUAUCUGUAAACCACGUGAUAUAGCUGAGUUGCACAGGUCAUUAUUCCUUUUGUUGAAAACCAUCCGAUCUGUAUGAUGAUGUCAUGUGUUGGUUUUGAAGUAUACAAAUUUUCAGAGCCCCCCCUCCUAGCGCAACAAUUUUUUCAGAGCCCCCCCUUCGGGUGUCUAAAAAUUUUCGGAGCCCCCCCUCAAUAUCUUCAUCCCCCCCCCCUUGUCAUAUUAAAUGAACUUUCCCUUAGUGAUUUCGCGCAAAUUUCUACGUCUGAUCGUUUCGAAAUUGUUGUUUUUCUCCGUUUCAGCAAUAUCCUGCCAUCGAUGUGAAAACAGUUCAUCUCUUGAUGAAUGCCAAGAAAACCAAGACGACGUAGAUUGCCCCAUACCUGUUCACUACUGCGCAAAAAUUAAGUAUGAAUUGACAACAGAGGGCAAAAUACAAACGACUUAUCGCAAGGGAUGUGUCACCAAAGAUCAGUGUACUGCUAAUGCAACCAGUGGAAACAUUGUAGAUUGCUGCAAAGGCGACAAGUGUAAUACAAGUAAGAAGAAAUUAUUUUUUAUCUUACGAAAUAGCAUACUUUUCAAUCUCAUUCCCAGGGACGUCUCGUUUUCAAAAUGGCGGCAGCAUAUUAGAAAACGAGAAGACCCUUGAACGAGGUUUGAUUCUUGUUUAAAAAGAGGCAGCCUAGCCGUAAGUAGUGAAGUAAGGAUGUUUAAGACUUCAUUUUUGCGGGAGAAAUCUCAUUAAGUUGCGGGGGAAUACAUUUACGCCAAUAACAGCUUAGAAUGUUGUCUGUAUAUCAUGAGUUAAAUGCUUGGUAGUGUCAUUAAGACAACAUGAAUAUCUUAGGGUGUAUUAACUGGUUUGACAGGUUUUAGAUUAUUCUUAGGUCAAAGAAUGCCUUGAUUUUUGAUUGGGUAACUAAAACCUAAGAAAAGUAUUCAUUGGUUUAUUCAUGUUGUCGAAGGAGUAAGCGCUACCUGGCCUGUGACUUAAUAAAGACCUUCUGAGUAUUGCUCACGCGUGAACCAGCGUCAUUUUGGCGGGAAAACGUGAUAGCUGUUGUCAUUCUACUACGACUUUUAGCAAGAAUGUUGUAGUGGCGGGAAAAAGUAAUCAAAUGUAAGAAGUUUUAUCAUUUUGCCGUCGGGAGACUGCUUAACCUCCUUCAGUAUAUUAAAUAACCGUACUAACUUUUUUAGUGAAAAAAAGACGCCCCAGAAAGCUUCAGUUUGAUUUUUUCAUUUUGACGCACAAAAACUUUAAGUUAAAUCUCGUACUCUUUCUAGUCCUCAAAUCUAAAGCUCUCGAAGAUCACUGAGUCGUAACGUAAUUAUACAAGUUCAUUUCCUGUCGCUUUCAUUGUCCAUUGAGGAAAACGAAUAGUUCCAGCUCUGGUUCACCGAUUCUUGUCACGAAAAUAGAGCAGAUUAUUGAAGGCGAAGGUAAACUAGCUCUUUCUACCCCGAAAGGCAUUUUUUCUUAAUUAUUAGAAUGUAGAAUGUAGUGGUAGCGGUGACGGUGGUGGUGGAGGGAAAACAAUGGAAAUGUGGUGAAGGAGGUUGUGGGAAAAGAAAAAAUUGAGGAGGCGCGAAAUAAAUGAAUUGUAGAGAAGCAGGAAGUGGGGGGAGAAGACUUGGGAUGGAAUCCUUUGGGACCAUUCAGACUAGAUGAUUGAUCUAAGUAACUCUUAAUGACUAAUCAGCGGAACCAAUGAAUCCACUUUGGACAAGGAUUCAUCGGUUACUUUGAUGCAAUAUGAUCGGAGUGAUCUCGGGUCACCGAUCCUGAUCCGGAACAUCCCGAAAGAACGCAACCUUAUACGGUUACCUUCCUUGCAAUUCUGGCACUAGGCUGAGGUGAAAACAAAAACAACUCGCCGAAAAAUCCACUUUUUCUUCAUCUCAGUUAGACAGUGACCCUUUAUAAAAAAAAUGUAUUUCGUCGCUAUUUUAGACUCAGGUCCGCAGUGCUACGAAUGUACAGAUCCUGAAAACUUUGAAGAAUGCGCAGUUGGUCGGUGCCUUUUUAACUAUGGAAAGUGUUAUUACUCUGCAAAGCAACAAGAUCCCUUUAUUUACAAAAAAUAUGGAUGCAUUCAACCACAAUAUUGCGAUCAAAUCGUGGAUGGAAACGAAAUACACUGCUGUGAAGGAAGUUUAUGCAAUAAAGGUUUGUAAAAGAGAAAUACUAUAUUUUUUAGUAUGCCAAAGACGUGUUUUAAAAAAAUAAUUUGCGUUUAACAUUCGCCGCUUUAGAAUCGAGAAGGGAACUGGGCCGAGUUAAUUUUCGCAAAGACUUCUGGGACUGUUACUAGAAACAGUGACAGCAAAAAUCCCAGAAGGCUUUGCUAAAGUUAUCUCGGCCCAGUCUCCUCGUUUCUAAAGUGGUGAAUUGCACUAUUGCUAAGGUGUUCUUACAAUGGAUUAGAUAACGAUAUGUAUAACGGACAAAAGGCUUGCUGACUCCUGGGGAGGGGGGGGGGAGUAUUCACGAAAGUUUUGUACAGGGAGGCUCCUCCCCAAGGUCCAACGCCUUACCCUUUAAUAUGCCAUUUUCGUAUAAUUUACAUUGACAAAUGGUAGUACCCCUUUCACAUACCUAGUUUACAACUUACUUAAAAUUACAGAGUCGUAUCAAACAAAUAUGUCUCCAAGCAUAAUAUCAAAUGUUACAAAAAACAAAAAUGAACUUUGACGAACUGUUAGCGGCUUACAGUUGUAAAGCCGUUUCAGUCUUAUUCAAGUUUGCCCAUCUGUUUCUCCUUUUGUAUUUGCUGUGUUAUCCAUAUUGACAAUUUUUCAUGUCUUUUCCGAUGUUUUGAGCGGUUUAUUUUAUAGUUUACUCAGUUUGGUGAUGGUUCCCACUGUUUGAAUUUUGAUUAAUUUAGUGACACAGCUCCUUUAACUAUUCCUUUGUGAUCAGAUAUUUCAAUCUUUUCUUUUCUAUUUCAUUGCAAAAUUCGGAUCAAUCUGGGUUUCUGGGAAACUGCCCACCUACCCUUUCCCUAAGCCACAUCACUUACCUCUCACUUAGGGCAAAAUGUUGACUUAGGGGAGGGGUAGGUGGGCAGUCUCCCAAAAACCUAAAUUGAUCUCAAAAUUCCACAGUUAUCAAACCAAGGAAUAUCACGGUGAUUUACAUAUCUGUUGGUGCUGCCCUCGCUGUGCUGCUGUUGGGUGCUGCUAUUUUCAUCUGGUGCUACCGGAGAAAACGAAAAAAGGGGGCUUAUGGGUUUGUAAAGUUCUACGUGCUUACCGCCUAAAACGGGAGCUUAUAACCCGGAGCGAACAACUUCCAUGCGCUUGUGCGACGGCGUUUUCACGGACCAGUUUAUUUUUAGAACGGUUUUGGCGCGCAUUUUGGAUAUCUUUUAAAUUUCACAAAACCAGUCAGCAAAACCUACAGACCUAAAAAUGAUAUUUCUGCCUUUUAAUACAUUUAGUUAUGGGCUCAUAGAUAUGGUGGAGAUUUUAUUUUCGUAUGAAAAAGUGUCCUAAAAUGUGUCUUAAAAUAAACUGGUCCUUUAAAACGCCGUGAUAUAGCCCUAGUAUGGAAGUUGCUCGUUCCAGGUUAUGGGCUCCUGAUAGAACCAUGUUAAAAUUACGACAGCAAUGUUUAGGUAAUGUAGUACCGUAUUGGUACUUAAUUUCGAGGGUGCUUGAAUUCGAGAUUUUGGCGAGACAGCUCAAGUAGUUUAAGGCCUGGGUCUGAGGGGUUUACCUGUGGAAAAUGAAUUAUUUUCUAUAACUUCGGCAUAGAUGAUGGCGCUGAAUUGAAAUUUGGCACACAUAAAGAACUCAUUGUCCUCAACAUUUUAAAGUACAAAUAUUGUGUUAAUGAGUCACGUGAUACGUCACGUGACCAAUUUGGUAAAAAUUGUAAGUUAUUGACUAAUUGGUGGCCUGUUUAAGAAAAGAAAUCGAGCAAUAAAAUUUUUCUAGUUCAUAUUAAAUAUUUCUAACACUUCACGUUUGGAAUGACCGUCCAUUGCACUUCAAUGGAAAAUUAUGAGGGAAAACAUCAUUUCAAAUGCCCAAAUUUAAUCUUGAAUUAUCCAAAACUUUAAUUUUAAACUUCGCGUACAUUCAUUCCAAACGUAGAAAGUUAGGUAUGUUUAUCCUCUUUCAGAAAUGCCAAUUUGUUUAUCCAAACAAAGUAAAUUCGCCACCAAUUCGCCAAUUUCCUUCAUUUUCAAUUUCUGGUCACGUGACAUGUCACGUGACCAUAAUUAAACGUUAAGGCACAAGAAAAUCUCGAUAUUUACUUUUGGUUAAAAAUUCAUUUUGUUCUAGGUCUCCUAGCUAGGGAUAUUGCCAAUCAUUCAUAUUCUCAAAACACGCCUUUGAGCCAGGCCUUAAACCCUUUGAGGGUAUUUUGCGAGGCUUUAUUUUCGCGAUUUCAAUAGACAACUAUGAAAAAAGGACGUUAAAUUUCGCGAUUUACCAGUUCUCGACUAUAUAUAGAGGAUAUUACACGGUGGCGCGAAGAUAUGAAUUUUAUUUUCCAGUGGCAAAACAAUAUUUUACGAACAAGCGCAGAGAGUGAGUAAAAUAUUGUUUUUGCCACGAGAAAAUAAAAUUCAUAUCUUUAAACCGCCGUGUAAUGUUCUUUUUAUUAUAUAGACAAAAAGACAUCGUUAAAAUAAUAGAGGGAAAUUACCGAAAUUACGUCAUCGAUAAACUCACCUGUGAGAUUAUGAUAAAUAAACCACUCGGGUCCCGGAUGUAGUUUUAAUGAAUUUUACGAGUGGUAUAUUUUCCAGUAAAACACUCGUGUCUAUAUAAUAAAAAAAUAAUAUUUUUCAAAAAGUCUGAAGUAUUAAAAAUUUCUAGAUAAUGGAUUUGUACGAAUCUCAGAUCAAGAUGAUAGUUAGGUUCCCUACUGGCAUAUGUGAAAUCUUUACAAAUUAACGUAAGGUUUUAUGGAACUUACGGGUAUGUGUCGAUACAUAUCCUGCUGCAUAUGUUGGUGUUACUACACGUUAAUAAUUUUUUUUCUGGGAUUUAUGUUCGCUUGUUCAAAUUUCGAGAGGAUUUUUACUCGCGGGUCUUUAAUUUCACGAUUUUUCUACAAUCGCGAAAAACACGAAAUUUAAAUCUUCUACCCAGAUCUCAAUCUGUCUUACGCUAAACCCUUGGCCGUGGGAAAUCUGGGCACGAGAUUAGCUGAUUGCAAAGAGUGUGUUAUUGUCUUCCUUUUUUUCUCAGAUCAUAUCUUUCACAGCGAUCGAUCAAUCCCCUGGACCGGUGGGAAAUUCUUCGCGAGCAAAUAGAAUACGACGGGGAGCUGGGGCGAGGAGCGUUCGGUGUGGUUUACAAAGCAAUGCUUUGGGAAAGAGUUGGGAUAGAGGUGUUUAGCACAGAGAUUUCAAAACGGAAACUGUUAUCCAGCAAGUCGGAGCCUCGGGUAGUUGCUGUCAAGGUCUUACUUGGUGAGACUAAAAAUGAAAUUAAUGCAUGAUCAUACAAAUAAUAAUAAUAAAUGUUUUCAUUUUCUCGUUAUAUUACCAGCUCUAGGCAAGUGUUUCGGAAUUACUACUUAUGCCCUAGAUGCAAGAACCGAGUUACGACAUUUGUAAAGGAAUAACUUUUAUUUUGAAGCCAAAACUCUGGAAUCGGUGCUUAUUACGACGCACAACAUUAUUCGAGUGAUUUGUUACAUAGAUGAAAAUUUUGAAGCUGGAAAUUCAUUAAACCUGGCAGAAUGGCGGUCGUCGGUCAACAUUCGCGGGUAACAGUCCACUGUUACCCUCUGACCUCAUAGAUUUUGCAAUAUUGCGCGCUGAGAGAUUUUGGCGGGAAACAGUUUCAUUGCUAGACGCCACUUUCCACCAUGCUUUGAUCACGUGCUGUAAUGUAUCCCGAGCGGAGAACUAUUGCUCGAAUGUAUCACAAUCGGGAUACAUUUAAUUUUUGUCAAGGCCACGUGACCAAGAAUCAACCAAAGGCAGUCCCUGUUUAGUUGAGUGAAAGUCUAGGAAUAUAACAAUGGACGUUGUUAACCACCUUGUUAACGUUCCAUGUUGUCGCAAUAAUCGUAAUAAAGCGUAACCACGCGCUUCUUAACAAUCUCUUAGUACACAUGUUUGGUACGGAAAAGGCUCAUUUCAUCACAAGAUAAAAAAUUAUUGACACCUAACGUUGUGCAUGACAUGAUCCAUAUGGUUGGGUUGGCCACUUUACAAACGAGAAGGAAACUGGGCCGAGUUAACUUGCGCAAAGACUGCUGGGACUGUUACGAGGAAACAGGGAAAAAAUGGCCUAUAGCUGAUCUGCGCAUGCGCAUCCCCAAUAACGAUCUCAGAAGCCUUUGCGAAAGCUAACUCAGCCCAGUCUCCUCCUCGUUUCUAAAGUGGAAGUCGAAUUUAACAGAAAAAGUACCGUGCCAAUUCGUUUUGAUGUGUUUAGAUAAUCCUAGCGCAGCACAGAAAGAAGAAUUCCAGUUUGAGAUCGAGCAGAUGAAGCAGUUGGGUUCACAUCCGAACGUUGUUUCCUUGGUUGGUUGCUGCACUCUUCAGGAUGAAAAGUUCCUGGUGAUAGAGUAUGUUCCUUUUGGGGAUCUGCUGACAUGGUUACGCUGCAGAAGGAACAGGGUGAGAAAAUGAAAAAUUUCUACAAUGAACUUUGAACUACGAUUACUGAAGAAAAAAAGGGAAAGGAUUCGCCUCUUUAGAAACGAGAAGGAACAUUCCCGGUUUUCCCCUUUUUCGAUUGCAAAAAAAGUAUUUUCGCGUUGUUUCCCACUUAUUUCUCCCUCUUCUCACCCUAGUACAGCACCCGCCUCCCGCCCUUUCCUCCUCCGCUCUCCGUACCCCGCCUGCCCCCUAUUCUCCUGGGUUCGCCCCACACUUGUCCUCCUCAAUUUUUAGCUCCAAGUUCUCAUUUCAGAACACUAUGGAGCUAGAAGCUUUAGCUUGGACCCAUUUGUUAAUAACAAGUACGUUUUGCUGUGUGAACAAAAUAUGACGCUAUACUUAGCAUUAGAGUAGCCAAAGCGAGGUUUUUUCACUUUUUGAUGUUGCUGAAUCUUGUAGAUCUACACACGCCAAACCUCCAGGAAAAUCUACGACGACAAAGUGGGUUUGAAAGAUGACGGAAACGCCAAAAAUCAGGUAGGGGUAAACUAAACGCUAUAUUCGAAUGGUCUUAAAAUUGCAGUCAGAAGUUUUAAACUUGUGUGUAACUAAAUCACAUGCUUUGAUACCAAUAAGUAACAUGUCCAGGAGGACAAUAAAACGGUUUUUGUAUGCGAUAAGCAUAGUAGCCUGUAGAGUGUCGAGUCAGUGAGUGGCUUAGACAGACCAUUGGGGCUUAUCAUCUUGACAGUGCCAUAUAAAGUCCAUUUUCGCGAGCAUCUAUUCGUAUCCUACAGUACCAUCAUGUAGAUAAUCUAAGCGUAUAAUAGUCACAGCUUAUGACAUGACAUUUUCGAGUAAUGCAUUGGCCAGGGUACAUUAUCUUAUUCCGAUGUAUCUGUUCAUUAUUUAAAAAUUGGACUUUACGAAGCUUAGCUCUGUUAAGGUAAUUAUAUUCUUAAAUCAGGGAGAGCGAAUUCGUCUGAAUAGGUUGAUACAAUUGCAUAAAUUUCGACCUCAAAAUGAUCUCCUUACUAACAGAAAUUAAAGUGACCUUAGAAGGCCUGACAUCCAAGCAGUUAAAGAGCUUAUCAAGUUGAGUUUCCAAGCAUGUAACAAAGUUAUCGUAUCGUGUUGUGUUUUUCUCUUUGAGGUGCAAGAUAAAGAAGAGGAGAAGCAAGUGAGUACGGAAUUCACUCCGUUAUUACAAGAUGACAAUGAGGACAAGAUGGACAAGAUGUUGUGUGAGAAUGUAAGAACGAACGGCUUGACCAUUUUAUAAACUAACCUCAAUUUUGCUGUCAUUUCCUUGAAAGAGUAAAACUUCUCUCAGUGUUUAAUUCAACAGGGGCAACCAACGAGAAUAUAGUUCAAAAUCACUUAAACAUGCCUUGUUGAUCAUAUUUUAGUAUUUAAGCGGUAGAUAUAGGCAUAUUUUUGUCCCCUAAAAACUUUCUGUUCGGAUUUCCUAGGUGAAAGUCUAGUGAUCCGAAAAUUAUAGGAAUAAAAACUUACCUUUUCCAAAAUUUCAGCCCGAAAAAAGGCUCCUGAAAAUUCUAGGUGACCUUUUUAGGGUAAAAAUCCGUUAAAAAUGGGCAAUUAUACCAUUUUUUAGAUGUUCGAAAAUCCUAGGAGAGGCAGGAAAGCCAGAAAUUUUACAACAAAUGUUCGGAAAAUUCUAGAUCUCAAAUCGUCUUACGAACAGAUAUUUUCCAAAAAUUGACAUUGGGUGCCCCUGAUUCAACUCUAUAGCCCCAUAUAAGGGAAUCCAAGACAGUCCUGGAUUCUGGAUUCCAAACCGUGGAUUCCAGAUUCCAGGCACUGGAUUCCAGUAAACGAUCUGUCAGUGGAACUUGAAUCUGGUUUCCAAUCUUAAUUGGGAUAUCCGGAUUCCUAAGCCCAGGAUUUCGGAUUUCUCAAGCACAAUUUUCCAAGAUUUCCGAGUCCAUACGCUAAAAAUUCCCCGGAUUCCGAAUUCUGGAAUCCCGAUUUCCUUACAUGCAGCGAACUCUUCCCCUGCAGGAUAAGGGAUUCAAAACUAUCAGCGACGAACAGCCAACAGUCCCUUCCGCAACGAUGGAAAAUCAGCACGCCCCCGCCCUGUUAGCCUCAACGGAAAAUUUGGCCGAAGAUCUCACUGAUGACGAGGUGUCGUUUUCCACCGAUCAAAACAUCUUUUCAUUUGUUCAGGAAAUGGCGAAGGGAAAGGUAAUAAUAUAUAUAUAUAUAUAUAUAUUUUUGUUUGUUUUUAAAUAGCUUGGUCUUUUGAGAGCUACACCUCUUUUACUGUCACUGAAACCAGUGGUGGCAUCGCGGAAUUACGGCUGUUUUCUCAGGCUACUUUCUAAUUUGUUUAUGGAUUUUGAUUUCACACAGGAAAGCAAGGAUGCCAAGCAACAGGUGGAGCAAGAGCAGACACAAAUGAACAUGGAAAUGACUCCAUUAUUACAAGAUGACGGUGACGUCAUUAGAGAGGAAGCCCAGAUGACCUCUGAGAAUCUCCACGAUGUAAACUUUUUUCAAUUCAUUUCAUUUUAUCCAUUAAAAUAUGCGAGAUUACACAACAUUUAGUCCUAACUUACCGUUUUAAGACGUUGCUUAUUUAAAAUGCGCCUAGAAAAACAAACAAAUAAACAAACAUCACACUGCCAUUUUGUUCAUAUAUUCCUUCUUCACAUAGCACUUCUGUAGUCUCUGCAUAUUCUCCCCCGACGUUGUCACCUUAAAGCAAAACAAGCCACUGCAUAUGCAACUGUCAAAAGGCAACAGCCGCCCAUUUACAUGUUGUAACAAUUAUUCUUUGAAAUCGAAGUGAAUAGUUGGUAAAUAUUCCCAAAGCCACUAUUCACCGAGAUUGAAAAGAAUAAUUGUUUUAGUAUAUACACACGAAGUGAUCUCAACAAAAUCAGAGAGGAAACCAUUAAAAAGUACAAUUUGAUUGAUAGAUCAAAUCAAUUAAAAAUAGAUCUUUGCAGAAUUUUCAGACAUGGGAAUUCACAAGUUUAUCAUUUUGCAAACAACAGCGUAAUGGCUUAAAUGGAACCGCUAAAAGUUUGAAUUGUUUCUUUACCUGAGAAGAAAAGUACAGCUAUGUUGUUUUGUGUUGACUCGCCAAGUUUAUAGCCAAAAGGGCUUGUUGUGUCGUUCUUCGCAUGAAGUGCUGACAAAAAUGGCGGCUCGGUUGCUCGAGGUAAGACGUCGUCUUCCUGUAUCAUUCUUUUUCCUGUUUACUUGAAACGUAGAAUUUCUGCAAACAUUUCCUUUUAAAUUUGUUUGUCAUAAAUAAACUUCGAUUUUUGAGCCAAAAUUUUCUUGUUAGAAAACGCUGAGUUCACGAAACGGCUUCUUCUACGCUAAUACACGGGAGUUGUAAACAAUCCAUCGAGCACAAAACUCAGCUACAGUAAAUUGAAAAACGCCGUAUUGAAUCUUUCCAAGUCUUUUCUUGCCUUAAAAAAAGUCAGCCCUAGGAUUUUGUCGACUUUUAAAAGAUCGUUCUCUCAAAAAAUGGGAAAAACACCGAGCUCACACAUUAUCCACUCGCUAGGAGGUGAACAUUGUUGAAUAGUCCGAGAUAACGAACCAAUCAGAUUGCUUAAAUCACCAAGAUCACUGAGUGUGUAUAUAUUAAUACUUAAUAUUCUAUUAAUUAUGGUAAUAAACAAUUAUACUAGUUUCCAAUUAUUUUCACGUCGUUAGUUAUUCAGCCGUUGUGUUGUUAACUACAAAAUAAUCUGAUGUUUAUAAUAAACAUUUUUCCUCAAUUUCCAUGUCCAUUUGACCCAUCUGAGACAACAAAACAGUCGUCAAAGGCACUAACUCGCAGAGUAAGAUUUUCGCGCGAAGCGCUCGAGCCUCACACGGCUGAGGGGCGUCCGUUCAGACCUUUCAUUCAACCGCACGCGCGCGCUUUCCUGAUCUAUACAUUCUAGACCCUUCUUGACAUGUUUUGCACUAUUUGUGCAUUUAGGAUAAGGGAUUGGAAGAGUUCACUAAAGAACAGUUGAACAUGUCAAACAACCCACCCGUGGAAAGUCAGCACACAGAAUCGAAGCCGCCUUUGAGUGAAAGUCUCGAGGAAGAUCCACAAGACGAGGAGGAAAGCUUUUCUACUCGACAGCUCUUUAAAUUUGCAUGGCAGAUAGCGAAGGGAAUGGUAGCUACUGUAUUUGUUUACAUGUUAUCAUAUUUGACUAGAGAGUUAGCCUUUAAAAAUGGACGCUGAUUUCAAAGGCGAACUGUAUGGGGCAUAUAUAUAUUGAGAAAGUAGAAUUUCCCUACCGAAAUCUACCUGCCCUCAAGAAAAGUACCAAGAUUUCUGAUAAAACCACUUUAGAGCGCAAAAUAGCGAAAUCUGGCUAAAUGCCAUAAAAUGAAAUCGGGUGAAAAAAUUGGCAAAAGACGAGUUUUAGGAAAUGAGUUUUUUCUGCAGUUUUGGUAUCUUGAAAACAUGUUGAUCAUGGACAUAAACUCUUCCUUGAAUUUUUUACACGACCCCACAAGCUUUGAGCUUUAAACCAUAUCGUGUUUAAAUAAAGGAUGUGUAUGUAUGUAUAUCAGUUAUCUGUUAUAAUUAUUAUGUGAUGCUUAAAUUUGAUUUCCCUUUCUCUACCUUCAUAACUAGAAUCAUCUUGCCGAAAAAAAUCUUGUUCAUAGAGACCUUGCCGCUCGUAACGUCCUUGUUGGCCAUGACAAUCGGGUGAAAGUGUCUGACUUUGGGUUGAUGCGACAAAUCUAUGACGAUGUGAAGGGCUCAGAAAAGUCCAAGAAACUUCCCGUCAAAUGGAUGGCUCCAGAAUCGCUUUAUCGAGGCAUCUUUACCAUCAAAAGCGAUGUGUGAGUAGAAUAAGACCUUCAAUUUAACGCUAGACUAUAUAUCUUAUCGUAUGAGUCUCGUACUGGAUUAACUUACUUUUAAUAGUCUUUUCCGAACUGAUUUUUUCAUCCCCGACGACGAAUACGUAAUUUUUUCGCGGAAUAUAAGUUCGGAAUAUUUUUGUAAGUUCUCGAACGCCAUGUCAUUAUAGCAAAGUUUGGGUUCAAAUUUUGCCAACUGAUUGAUAUUAGUAGGAUUUUGCUGGCCUCAUUAAAACUAACCUAGAAAAGGCAAAGCGUGAAUGUCCUUCCUCAAAAUCUUCUUAGCCUUGACCGUCUGACUAUAUCGCUCUGUAACCAUUUUGUUGUUUUCUUUCCUAGCUGGUCCUACGGCGUACUUCUGUGGGAAAUGGCCACACUGGGUAUGCAUACUUAGACAUUUAUUUACUUUCCUGAUUACAACUGCUUGCUUACUUUUCCUCUUUUCUAAUAAAAAACACUGACUCCUAUAAUUUUUUUGGUCCAGGCCCCAGUUGUUCAUUCCCAGAUUCCGUCUUCUCUAGCUCUCGCGCGUUUGCCUCUUAAUUCCCUCACACGUAACAUGCUCGCACGAAAGACAAUAGGCCGUGUCCGGGUUGCCCUAGACUACGAGUAGUCCCCAGUUUUCCUCAAGGAUAGUAGAGCGAGCGAAACGCAAGCGCGCGUGAAAAUCACCCCACGCGAGAAAAGGCGACACGCGGCGGGGAGAGAGAAAAAUAAAGCCUUUUAUCGAGUGGAGUGAUUUUCACGCGCGCUCGCGUUUCACUCACUCUACUAUCCCUUAGGAAAAAUGCGGGGACUACUCGUAGUCUAGGGUUGCCCCAACCCACUGUUUCAAAGCGAGGCUAAGUGUGGAGCCAUUGAUAUGAAAAUGAGUUUUUUUACUUUCAUGCAAAAGUAACUCAUUAUCACAAGAAAGGUUUUGCACUCGUUUUGAAAGUGAGGGUUUUUGUAACUCGGAAAUGGUCUAUCCUGAAGGACUCUGCAGUCUUAGACCUGAACAAGUAACGUGAAAAUGAUUGUCAAACUUACUGCCCAGCUUUUUCUGAAUAACUGAUUUUCUUCUUCUGUUGGAUCCAGGAGGCGUACCAUACCCUACGCUGACCAACACAGAGCUGUAUCGCCUGCUCAGCUCUGGAUACCGAAUGGAAAAACCUGACAUGAGCUCCGAUGAAGUGUAAGUUGAUCGCUCUAGUGAUUUGAGGAUAUGUUAUCAUGGCAGAAUUAUAACAAAAUUUUACUUUAAAAAAGAGCUUAGUACGACUUUGCCCUUUGAAUACGAACAGCUGGUUCCCAGGGUCAAGAUCUCCUACUCUCCCUACUCGCUCCGGGGCAUGAAAAGGAAACUCGGACCAUGUGAACGAGGCUGUGGAGUUCGGCACUGAUGGUCACUGAUGAUGUAUACGGCUGGCUCCGCAAGCGAACAAAAUGAAGUAAAUCCCGCGAGAAAGGAAUUACCCGCGUUCUUUUCAGAAGAAAAACAACCUCCUUCAGUGGCAUUCUUGUGGAACAACUGAGACUCCUAUUUUUUUCACCUACAGUUAGUGGUGAUGGGCCUAUUAACCUUUUCCCGCUUCAAGCCUCCAUUUGCGCGUGCGCCUGAUCGUUUUUUUCUCUAACUGCUGUUGUGGUGCCAAACAAGGUUGUCCAAAAACGCUUACAUGUACCAUAUAUCCAUUUUUAAGGAUAAUGACCCAAAAACCAAGAAGUGAGUUGACAAAUCAGGAUCUCAGGAUUAUUUCUAUGACAGACUUUAAAGUGUUUGAAUACAACACCAGUUUAGUUUUCUUCAGCUGCAUAUACUCUAAGAGACCUCUGAAAUGUCUUAAACAACUCAAAUGUGGUUGAUUCUGUGCUGAAAGUUUGUAUAGUUACCAUCUCUGACCAUUUCUCAUCCAGCCACAGUCUUUACCUCUCAAUUUCCCUUCCAUUACCGCUGACUGGCAUAGGUUGUUUUUUGCAGUACGCCCCUAGGCCUUAUGGGGCCAGGCCGAUGCGUUUCGGGUCAAGUGGUCCGAAAGAUUUUUUCUCGGAUAUGUCGCCGAAAUGCAUUGACCGAAACACAGGCCCAGCCAGGGGGGGUAGUGGGAUACCAAUAUACCUGCUAUUUCGCCCCCAAGAUACCAAUAUACCUCAAAAUCGUAAAAUGUGUGAUACCAAAUACCUAAAAUUAUUUUGAAACAGAAUACUAAAUUCCUGAAAAUGAACAAGUCAGAUCUUAAUAAAAGAGAAACUCCUGGUUCACUGUCCUCUUCCGCUUCCUUUACGGUUGGCCAGCGUCCAUGGUGAUCGAAUCCUUGUCACCUUGUCCAUCAACGCUCUCUGCAAAAGGUUCUUCAUCAGCUUCAUUGGGAGAGGUGGUGUCAGUGGAUCCGUUCACCAAGGCCAGGAGCAGAUAAUACUCCCCUUCAUCUAUUUCAACAGUUUCAUUGUCAACAACGGUAAUGCUUCUUACAACCCCCUUUAUGCCCUCUUUUGAGAUGACAUGCUCUUCUUCCGAAGUAGUGAAUAGGAGAGGAUCGACAACAUCUUGGGUGUAGCAGAGAGUUGUUACGUAACGAGCACUGUCAUAGUCAUCAACCACAUCCUCUAACAGUUUUGUAAUAUACAGUGGGCUGUUUGGAGCAGAACGCGGUUUGUAUAUUCGGGAAACUACAACAUAUGUAGACUGGGCGAUGACAAUGUUACGUGCUGUGCUGGUAUCUUGGUGUUGAACGGGGAUGUCUUCAUUGAGAAGCAUGUCGAAGUCAACUGAAUGUUGCUCCGGGGGUGCAGACUCAUGGAGGUUCAAUGGUAGGGUGCCUGGCUUGUCUUUUGUUGAAAAGUUCCUUGUGGUAUUCUGCCCGACACUCUUACCGUAUUGCUGUACCCACUGACAGAUCUCAUCCAAUUGCUUCUUGGAUAAGCAACCAGACAAAGGCUUCGGUAAUUUUGCAAGGUCACAGAAGUUUAUAUCAACAUCACCUAAAGUAGGCUGAGGGUAGUACGAGGCCACUGGAUUUGUAAAGUACCUGUAGCUCGUACUUGUGACACGUUUUAAUAAUUCGUUAAUACAUGAGGGAAAGCGCAAGCAAAAAUCGAGCAUCAUGGGAGUGUCUGUAUUACCCCCUCUCAUACUGGAAAGGAAGUUAAAAGGCUUACAAUGUUUAAGUGUUGAAUGAAGUUUGGAUUGAUCUGAGUUCCAUCACCUUUGUCCUCAGUCUAGUGAGGCCUUCCAGUAUCAUCUUCACGGAGUUCAGUGUAGUAGCAGAUAGUGUUCCGUCUGGUCCUUGGGUCUGGGAAGUUGAACCCUUGAUUCCCUGAACUUUCAACGAGCCCUGUGUGCCCUGGGUACGAGAUUGCGAUUCGGGAGGUGGUGUGAGUGGGGUGGUGGUGGGAGACUGGGAUAGGAAGCCAAACAGUAACAAUUUCGAGCAUCCGCACUAUUUCUAGUGAGCAUUAGAGCGAUAAUAAAACUAAGAAAUGAAUUAUACAUUUCUCAGUGACUUCUGUACCAUAUACCGAAUACCUAGAAUUCAGGAAAAACUGAAUACUUUAUACCCGAAUUUUGACCAAAAAAUACCAUAUACCUGAAUUGAAAUAGCCCGGGAUACCGUAUACCCAAAACCCCUGGCCGGGCCUGGAAACAGGACUGGAAAGACACUGUACCGGGACUAGGCAAAGGUUGUUGUAUUUCUUAAACAAAAACAUGACCACUAAGGAGCUAAUUUGAGAGAAUUAUAAAUCGGUUUGUUUUUAACUGUCUUCGACAGAUAUGAGUUGAUGACAGAGUGCUGGAAGGAAGACCCAAGAGCUCGACCCAGUUUCUACCAGAUGAUAGAAAAACUGGAGAUCAUCAUGCAGAAGGAUGCACCAUAUUUGGAUGUGAACAAGCAUGAUGAAGCCCAUGCAUACUAUAACGUGCCUCCAAAUAUGGAGUAACUACUAAUAAAGAACGCUACGUAGGGCCGGCGGUUUCUAAUUAACCUGAACAUUUUAUUAACUCGUCAACGGAGAUUCCCUUUUUAAAAUGGUCCCCUGAUUAAAGUUAACCGUACGGUAAAUAGCGAAAUUAAGCAAUUUUUUGAGCUAAGAGUUUGUGUAACAGAAACAAAAUUAAUACAAAGUAUUAUGUGAAAAUUUCAACGUUUACAGUUCUGAUCUUAUGGCGAUGAUUAUACAUUAUGUAUGCGUAUGAGUUCUAGUUGCGUUACGUGUUCAAAAUGCCUCCACAUCUGGAGUAACUGCUAAUGAAGAAUGCUACGCAGGGCCGGCGGUUUCUAAUUAACCUGAACAUUUUAUUAACUCGUCAAAGGAGAUUCCCUUUUUAAAAUGGCCCCCUGAUUAAACUUAUCCGUACGGUAAAUAGUGAAAUUAAGCAAUUUAUGAGCUAAGAGUUUGUGUAACAAAAAAAAAAAUAAAGCAAAGUAUUAUGGG